GUAGGAGAAGUACCCGACAAGUCGUGCCCCAUCAAGCAAGAGAUCCCAUCGUCACCCCCACGCCUGCUGCCACGCAUGGAGCGCAUGGGAGGCAUGGAGCCUCGCAUGGGAGCCAUGGAACCUCGCAUGGCAUGCAUGCCGUCGCUCCCGCCUCUGGAACGCCACGUCACGCGCAGCUUCGAUGAUGUUGUCAAGCCUGGCACCAGCAUCUCAUCAUCUUGCUCGCUGCCACCACCAGCACCAUCGCCACCUCUCGACCUCAUCAACGACUUGUUCGAGCCUAUGGAAUGUAUCCCACUAGGACCUCAGAUAACGGCAGUGGACAACAUCGACCAGCCUCCCCACUCCGAUGACUCCGACAUAUUUAUAGGAGAGUUUGAGGAAAGCAUCCCCUUAUCAGACUCCGACUGAAACUAUUUAUUUUGUUUAUUUUUGUUCUACAGUGGAAAUGAAGUUUUGAUUUAGUGUAGUGAUAAGCGAAACCAAGUUUAGUUGUUCGUUCUAGCUUUAGG